GACAUCUUCAACGCCGUGAUCAAACAGAACCCCUUCCUGGUUCACCAGCUGCCCUGCUUCUGGAACGUCCAGCUGUCAGACCACACCCGCUCUGAGAAGUGCUACAAGGAUGUUUCAGACCUCAAGGUCAUCCAUUGGAACUCUCCUAAGAAGCUGAGAGUGAAGAACAAGCAUGUAGAAUUCUUCAGGAACCUGUACCUCACCUUCCUGGAGUACGACGGAAACCUCCUGAGACGAGAACUCUUCGGCUGCCCCAGCGAGACAGACCACAACAGCGAAACGUAUGUGACCUAUACUGAUCUAGAGUCAGAUUUAAAUACAGCCCUGAGAAGACGGAAGAUCAGGAAGAGAAGACAGAUGUGGUAUUAA